AUGUAUAAUUCCGAGCACAAAAGGCAUCAUCACUGCGCUCCAAUGAGUCCAAGAAUCUCUUUCUCAAAUGAUUUUGUUGAGACUCAGCAGAUUAUGAAGCCAGAAAGGAGCACAAGAGAGGCUCCAGUGUCCUCAGACUUUGAAUUCUCAGUGUCAAACUACUCCAUGAUGAGUGCUGAUGAGCUUUUCUUUAAGGGUAAGCUUUUGCCAUUUAAAGAUAAUUUUAGCAAUCAAAUGCAAAGGACUUUGAGAGAAGAGCUUCUUGUUGAGGAUGACGAUGAUAAUGUGACCCUGAGGCCUCCUAAGGGUUCCACAAGGUGGAAGGGAUUUCUGGGCCUCAAGAGAACCCACAUUGGUUCCAAAAAGGCUGACAAAAGCGAAGGGGAUAGUAAAAGGUCCGGCUUUGUUCAUGAGGAGACCCACGUUGGCAAGACUUCACAGGUAAAAAGAUCAACUAAAAGGAUAUAAAGGGUAACAAAAUGCGAAAAACAACUUUUUUUUCCCUUUAUGAAGCUAACUAUUUGACUCUUUGUUUGAUCUGAUUUUAUAAAUGUUCUUUGUUGCAGGACCUUUUAACUGAAGGAGGGUCAAGUUGCAGGGAUGUAGAAAUUGGACUAUAGUUACAUUUCUUGGAGGGGAUAACUUGUAGAGAUGUGGACCAUUUUUUUUUGUUGGAGGGGAGAUUGGGGGUGGCUUUCUUAUUUUUGGAGGAGGUUAGGAUAAUUUGAAGGUCUUUAAAAUUGUAUUAAUGGAGUUGGUUUUGAUCUCUCUUUUUUUUUUUUUUCUCUUCUUGCUUCGGGGUUUAGUCAUUAGUAUUCUUAUUUUUCAUUUUAUCUCCUCGGAGUUGGUGUUCGGCUGUUCGUUUGUACAAAAUGUUCGCAGUUCAAGAACUUAUUUCUAAUGUUGAGGAAGUCAUGGGUGUUUUUUUGCCUCGGAUCUACCACUCAUAUAAUUUUCACUUUAACUUGGA